UUUCUGUUUGGCCCUUCAGAAGGUAUUCACGGAAAUAGAAGAUUAGAAGCAUAGACCAUUAGGCAGCUGUUUAAAGUGCCAAUUGCCUAAGAUAAAGAGUGCCCACUCAGCAAAUCUGUCGACCGAUGAUUUAUGUUGUGUGACGACCUGCUUCUGAUUUCAUGAUCGUCUGAUUCCAUUUUGUACUAUUUGAGGAACUUGGCAAAGUAGAAGCAAGCAUAUACACUCCACGAAUAAGCCAACAUAUUGAUUUCUCAUCACCUAUUGUUUUGGAAGAUCGGCAAGUGAUGUUUCCUCAAUUACUUACGCUUCUGCCAAUCUUCGUCUUCCUCCGAGAUGUGCAAUGUUUUGUGAACACGAAGUUUGGUUUGCCAAGUCUUGUAGUUCCCAUUCCUUGUCAAGCAGAUGUUCUUUAUGAGCAAUUCAACUAUAUUUGCGUAAAGAAUCAAAUUGUGUGCUUACCAGGAUGGACGAACCCGGAAAACUAUUGCCGUGAUCCAGCCUGCCCUGAAGGGUGUGACGAGAACCAUGGUUCAUGUACCAAGCCCAACGUGUGUCAUUGUAGAGCCGGAUACUUCGGACAUGCUUGUCAAAACUGUGUUCCAUUGCCAGGAUGUAUUCAGGGAACAUGCAAACAGGCCUACGAAUGUAAUUGCAACGAAGGAUGGCAAGGUGUCUUUUGCUCUGAAGCUAUUUGCAAAGAAGGAUGCCAUCCCAAUUCAGGGUUUUGCGACUUACCUGGUCAAUGCGAAUGCCAUAUAGGUUGGCAAUCUGAAAAUUGCACCGAUUGUGCCGUUUUGCCUGGGUGCAUUCAUGGCUAUUGCAAUCGCCCAUUGGAAUGCAUUUGUGAGGAGGGGUGGACCGGCGAGUUUUGUGACACACCCAUUUGCAAGGAGAAGUGCCACCCAGCAUAUGGUUCAUGUGACUUUCCUGGAGCGUGUAUUUGUAGCAGUGGCUACCAAGGCGAGUUGUGCGAUGAAUGCCGCCCUUAUCCGGGUUGUGAGCAUGGAACGUGCCGUGAGCCGUGGACUUGCAACUGUGAGCCAGGUUGGGAAGGAACACAAUGCAAUAUUCCCCGACAAGAGGGACGUUUCAUCCCAUCAAGAAAUCACGAGGACUUCAAUUAUGGCGGAAGCAACUAUCAGUACCAAAGGGGACGUUAACAGAGUGGAGGAGAACUUAGCCUUAGAGGGGCACAUCAAGUUGAAAUUAACCAUCACGAUUUGAAAACUGAUGUGCUACGUUCUGAGUGAUUGCUUUUUAUUUCUUCUAUCAAUGUGGUUCAUGGUUAAGAUACUUUUAUAAAAUGAUUGGGUUGCAUUGAAUAUAAAUGAUGGCAAGAGACAUAUGAACAUGAA